AUGCUAUCCUGCCCUUUGAAGCAGACAAACGAGAUUGAUUGGGUCCAGCCCCUCAAGGAUUACAUUCGGCAGACGUAUGGCGAGGACCCAGAGCGCUACAAUACAGAAUGCGCGACGCUGAACCGGCUGAGGCAGGAUAUGAGAGGCGCUGGCAAAGAUAGUGCUACGGGGCGCGAUUUGCUCUAUCGAUACUAUGGUCAGCUGGAAUUGUUGGAUCUGCGCUUUCCCGUGGACGAGAAUCAUAUCAAGAUCUCUUUUACCUGGUACGAUGCAUUCACUCACAAGCCCACUUCUCAGUACUCCUUAGCCUACGAGAAAGCGUCCAUCAUUUUCAACAUCUCCGCUGUUUUGUCCUGCCAUGCCGCGAACCAGAACCGCGCAGAAGACCUGGGCGUUAAGACAGCCUACCAUUCCUUCCAAGCUUCUGCCGGGAUGUUCACCUACAUCAAUGAGAAUUUUCUGCAUGCACCCUCGACCGACUUGAACCGCGACACAGUCAAAACGUUGAUCCACGUCACGCUCGCUCAAGCGCAGGAGGUGUUCCUGGAGAAACAGGUCCAAGACAAGAAGAAGUCAGGGUUUCUCGCCAAGCUGGCCAGCCAGUCUGCCUACCUCUACUCACAAGCGGUUGAGACCAUGCAGGAAGUCGUGGCGAAGAGCAUCUUUGACAAAGUAUGGUCGGUAAUGGUGCAGACCAAGGCGGCGCAUUUGAGCUCAAUCGCUUCGUUUUUCCAAGCCAUCGCCGACAGUGAAGGAGACUCUCACGGCGUAGCCAUUGCCCGAUUGCAGAUGGCUGAAAAACAGGCCACAACGGCACUUACCUGGGCCAAGUCCUUCCCAACCUCGGCCUCUACCACGUCCAAUUUGCCGGCAGAAGCAGGAAGUAAUCUUGUGGAACUUACCAAGCACCAGCUUGCAAACGUACAAUCUUUGCUAGCUUCAAUGAUCAAGGACAAUGAUUUCAUCUAUCAUCAACCUGUUCCGAAUGAGGCUGGCCUCACCGCAGUCCCUAAGCUGGCAGCGGCGAAAGCCAUCCCGGUCAGCGAGCUGUAUCAGGGUCAGGAUAUUCAGCGCAUCAUCGGACCUGACAUCUUCCAGAAACUUGUGCCUAUUUCGGUUACUGAAACAGCGAGCCUCUACGACGAAGAGAAAGCCAAGCUGAUUCGCGCUGAGACCGAGAAGGUAGACACUGCGGACGGCGAGAUGGCCGCCAGUCUGGAUUAUCUGAAACUUCCUGGGAGCUUGAACAUCCUGAAAGGAGGGAUGGACCAGGAGAUGACGGUUGACGAAGAGUUCCGUCGAUGGUGCUCCGAGUUGGCUGGGCACCGGCCUUUUCAACGUGCGCUGGAAGAGCUACAGGAGCGGAAGAAUGAGGUGCAGGCCCAGCUUGAUCAUUGCUCGAAACAGCUAGACUUGGAGGAGAGUGUCUGCGAGAAAAUGCGCUCCAAACAUGGCGCUGACUGGAGCCAACAGCCCAGCAGCCGCCUGAACACAACUCUGCGUGGCGACGUUCGUACAUAUCGAGAUACCAUCACCGAGGCCAGCGCCAGCGAUACGCAGCUUUUUGCGACCCUACGACAAUAUGAAGCAGACUUUGAUCAAAUGCGAUCGGCGGGGGAAACCGACGAGGCCGACAUUUUGUAUCAAAAGGCGUUAAUUAAGGUGGGAUCUAAGCAUAACAAGGGCAAGAAUGGUGCGGCCAGUCCAGCAGAAGGCAGUCUUUUAGAUGAUGUGUACGAUGAGGGUAGUGCAUCUGUCGCCGAGCAGAUCGCGAAGGUGGAAGCAAUCCUGAACAAGUUGAAUCUUGUCAAGCAAGAUCGAGCGACAACCUUGAAAGAUCUGAAGGAAAAGGUCCGCAACGACGACAUCUCAAACGUGCUCAUUCUGAAUAAAAAGACUAUUGCCGGCCAGGAGAACCAGUUGUUUGAGACCGAGCUUGAGAAAUUCCGGCCUCAUCAAACCCGGCUUCUGCAGGCGAAUCACAGACAAUCAUCGUUAAUGAAGGAGCUAACCAAGGUCUACGCUGCUUUACUGCAAGACAAACGGGUUCAGGCGGAACAGUCGAAGUAUGAGUCGAUUUCGAAACAACGGAGCUCCGUCAUGACUCGUUACAAGAAGGUGUAUGAAGCAUUCAAUAGCCUUUCUUCCGGUAUCUCUCAGGCCAAGACUUUCUACAAAGACAUGGCGGAAAAUGUGGAAAGUCUGCAAAAGAAUGUCGAAUCGUUCAUUAGCAAUCGACGAUCAGAAGGUGCACAACUUUUGAGCCAGAUUGAACGCGAUAAAGCAAGCGGGGCAGGCGAGCAAGAGGAUCGGGAGCGAGAGAAGCUUCGCCUACUGAUGGAGCGGCUAUCGACAGAUCCCAAAGGACAAGCAACAUCUCCAUCCGCCGGGUCUGCCAUGGCUCCUCCAGCCAAGGUGAAAAGCCCUCCACCACCGGUACAGACGCCGUCAUACUCAAUGACGGGGCCUUCACCUCAAAUGUCACCACGUUAUCCCCCAAACAUGCCGGGCGCGCCACAGCACGGAGCGCCUCAUUCACAGUCUCCAGCGGUCUACGGGCAAUAUGGGACCGGAGCUUCAGGGUAUGGCUCUUCUCAGCAUUUCCAACAAGGUGCCGCGGCUCCUCUUUCCGAUGGAUACAAUCCCAUGGCAUACCCGUAUCAGACUCCUGUGUCUCCGCCUCCGAACCAGCAAUACUUCUCUCACACGCCGGCCCCAUACAGUGGCUACCCAAGCACAAGUCCUGCCCCUUCAGCUGCUGCUGUGACCCCAAACUACAUGACUCCGCAAGGAUAUGUUCCGCCUCCCCCUCCUCCUCGGCCACAACAGACCAGCUACCCACCUUCAUCUGGCGGCGCAUACCCAUCUGGUCCUGGAGGAUAUGCGCAGGCCAGAGCAUACCCGCACCACAAGACGCCGUCUCAAUCGCAGCCGCCACCACCACCUCAAAACCCUGGCGACCCGUGGGCUGGCCUCAAUGCAUGGAAAUGA